AUGAUUCGCUACGCCGUCUACGCGGGCCGGAGAACGAGGGAGAGGGGACUUGGGUGCGGCGCUUCCUCACUGCCCGGGCGCGGCUCACACGCCUGCAGCCUGUCGUGCGUGGAACGGGUCGCAAUGUCCCGUCGUACACGCAGCAACAGCGCGGGACUCGGUGGACGGGGGCAGGCGCAGGGGGGACUUGCGCGGGUCGAGGAGGAGGGUAUCGUGGUGCUCGCCUCGCCUUGGAAUGGAUCGUACGGUUGCCCAGUCCAUCACAGUCCACGAGAGCAUCGUGCAGACCGUUCAGCCCACCGAAAGCCGCGUCGUCGUCGACUCGCGUCGCCCUCUCGCUCGUUCGCGUCCGUCAACUCGCUCGCUCCCGGCUCAAGCAGCAGGAGAGCGCUUGGCUGGUCCGCCAUGAACUUCUCCAACCUGCUGAACCCCGACGAGUUCCCAGCCGACCCCUCCACAAGCGCCGCUGCGCCAUCCACCUCGACGGCAGCUCCACAAUCCUCCCCAUCUCGCAUGUCGUUCGACUUCCUGAACGCCUCGACGAGCGCGCCCGACUCGCCUGCGUUGACUGUGGGAGACGGAUACGCGGGGUCGGCCGGUGCGAGUCCGUCGGCGUUCCUCCUUCGACCUGCGGAACCACCGAUGCAGGCGAAUUCAGCCUUGGACGCGGUCAAUCCGGCGAUGCUUGGGUUACACACGGCAUUCGGAGCUGGUAUGGUACCACCUGUUGCGCGCGGAGCGUCGCCAGUCUCGGUGGCUUCGGUCGUGCCAGACUCGGACGACGAGGGCAAGCGGCGACAGGGCGCUGACAAGGGGAAGGGAAAGGCUGCUAUGGAGGAGGAUGUAGAUGUGGACAUCCUGGCGAGCGGUGAUGAGGCCGGAACGGUCGCAGCUUUGAAGGCUCAGGCUCGCUCGCCACCUGCACCGAAACCUCGCUCUCGCCCCGGUUCGACCAAGCCAAAACCUCGCCCCGCCCACCUGACCUCGUCCGCUCCAUCUCCUGCACCCUCCCCCGCUCCAUCCAGCAACCUCGCCAACGAAGUCCACCCCGACUCGCAAAGCGUCUCAGCAAUCCAAGAACCGCCCGUCCCGCUUCUCCCGCCGAUCUCGCCUUCGGAAUACCACCAUCCCCGUCUUUCUCCCUCGAUUCCUCACCGCGUCCUCCCAGACCCUUUUGAACUCUACGUCCCGCCUAGACGGAAAGGGCCUGGAGGUACAAUUGUGGAUGACUCGUCGUCGGAGGAAGAUGAGGAGACGAGGAAGAGAGAGAGGCAGAGGCGGGCGCAGUUGGCUGCUCAGAGGAGGGGAAAACGGGAUAAGCGGGGGAAGGAGGAGGAUGAGGGUGAAGAGGAGGAUGACAGAUUGUACUGCGUCUGUAAGGAGCUGUACGACCCCGAGCGCUUGAUGAUCGCUUGCGACAAAUGCGAGGAAUGGUACCAUGUCGACUGCGUCGGGAUCAGCGAGGACUCGGUCGAACUCGUCGACGUCUUCAUCUGCCCGAAGUGCUCAGCCACCUCUCUCGAUCGCACAACCUGGAAACCCUGCUGCGCCCGCCCGACCUGCCGCCACCCCGCCGUCCCGCUCUCCAAGUACUGCUCCGACUAUUGCGGCAUCUAUGUUGUCUCUUCCCGCCUUGACCUCCUCCAGCUCGACACGGGUAUCGCGCCCGAAGCGUUCUGGGACAAGGUCAGCGGCGCAAGGAGGAAGGAGGCUGAGGUGGUCGAGGUCAAACCUGAUGCGAUGGAUGCGUCGAAUCAUGAAGAGGCGAGACGGGCGGCGUCUUUCGCGCGACAGGACGCCUCGGAUGCGCAGGUUCGCGCCCAGCUGGUCGCCAAACUCGCCGAGGCAGCUUCACGCCGCUUCAAGCUCGAGGAGACGAUCGAGCUCGUCGACAAGCGUUUGCGGUACUUGACCGUCGCCGUGAAGCGGUGGGAAGCGCUGUGUCAGGCCACGGCGGACGAGAUGGCCUCGGCCGGGAUCGACUUGAAUGCUGCGACGCCGAUGUCGACGCAGGGCGGGAAGAGUAGGAAGGACCGAAGGCGAGCCGGAGGGAAGAAGAAGGGUCCCGUCGCGGCGACUUCGCUCCCGGACGCGCAGUGCGGUCUCGACGUCCGACUCGUGUACGACGACGCGGCCUGGCGGGACUUUCUGGCCUCGCCGUUCGGGACCGAGUUGCUUGAUGCGCAGGCGAAGGGCGAGGCGGAGAAGGUCCUCGAGAUGGCGCUGGGAGACCUCGAGGGUGUGUGUCUCGAGACGAGGAAGAGGUGCGAGCGACAUGGCGGCUGGCAGAAGGUGCGAGAGGCGGACUUUGCGGUGGAGAAGGCUGUGCUGAACCGCCGCCUCGAACGCGUCAACCUCCUGUCGACUUCGCUUUCGAACCAGCUCGCGACACACGACUCGAUCGUCUCCUUCCGUCGCGCGAACCGCUCGCGCACCUGUCCGCCAUCGCAGCUCAUCCCGAUCGAGGACUUCAUGAUCGAGCGCGAGGAGGAGCAGGAGGAGGAGCGGGCGAGGCGGCGUCCUCGACAGCGGAGUCCCAGUCUGGGAGCGGGCACGAACGGCGUCAGGGGAGGCGGGCGCGCGAACGGGUCGAAGAGCAGCCGAGAGUCGGCUGAUGGCGGAGGAGGACCGGGCGGCGAGGUAGAGAUCCCGCCUGAGCUGCUGCCCUUUCUCUCGCGCGCAGAGAUUGCGGCGUACAGGAAGGGCAGGUAA